UGGUAAAUGAGUGCAAGGAGUUUUCGAAGGGUUAAAUUCGUUGGUUGAUGUUGGGGGUGGCGCUGGAACUGUGGCCAAGGCAAUAGCUAAAGAAUUCCAGCAUUUGGAUUGCACCGUCUUUGAUCUCCCACAUGUGGUAGCUGGUUUGGAGGGAAGAGAAAACUAGAAAUAUCUUGGUGGAGACAUGUUGGAGGCAAUUCCUCAAGCAGAUGCAACUCUGCUGAAGUGGAUUCUUCAUGGCUGGAAUGACGAGGAAUGUGUGAAAACACUCAAGCAAUGCAAGGAAGCAAUUAAGGGCCGAGAAGGAGGAAAGGUGAUUAUCAUAGAUACGGUGUUGGAGAACAGUAAGGAGGUAGAAGGGUCAACUGAGACACAGCUCUUCUUUGAUAUGCUGAUGAUGGUGGAGAACAAAAAGGAGGUAGAAGGUCGCAGGAAGAGAAAAAAACGAGAAAGAAUGGGCUCAAGUAUUCACUGAUGCUGGCUUCAGUAAGUAUAAGAUCAACCCAGUUCCAGUUCUGGGUUUAAGAUCUCUCAUUGAAGUUUAUCCUUGAUAAGCUAGCUCUUGAUCACCCAUGUAUCAUACUAUAUGAAAAUCAUAACAAAUAAUGUCUCUAGAUUGUCAUGUAUUAAACAUAUUGCCUUGUUGCAAAAUCGUAGUAAAUAAAUUAGUCUUUACAAUAGAUAAUUUUUCC